UCUCGCGGUGUUUGGCGGCGACUCUCGCGCGGCGCCGUCAUGGCCGCCGCGGGGAGGCAGCUGGGCCGCGAGGGCCGCGCCAGCCUGGCUGCCUUCGUACUGGGCGCCUCGGUGGCGGCGUUGCCGCCCGCGCUACUGCCCGGGCCUGGGCCCGGCCUCGGCCUGCAGGGCCGCGUGGUGCUGGCCCUGCACGUGGCGGGCGUCGGCGCGCUGCUGCGGCUGCUCUACCGGCCGCCGCUCUACCAGAUCGCCCUCCGGGCCGGCUUCCUGGGCUUCGCCUUCGGCUGCGGGCUGCUGCUCAGCGUCGGCCAGUCCGCCUGGCGCCACUUCGGCUGGUAUAUGUGUUCCCUGUCGCUUUUCCAUUAUUCUGAGUAUUUGGUGAUUGCCAUCAAUAAUCCUAGGAGCCUUUCUUUGGACUCUUUCCUUCUAAACCACAGUUUUGAAUACAACCUAGCUGCUGUCUCUUCUUGGAUAGAGUUCACAGUUGAAAAAGUAAUUUAUCCAGAAAUGAAGCAGAUCACCUGGCUCAGUACUAUAGGGUUAUUGAUGGUGAUCUUUGGGGAGUGUCUGAGGAAAGCUGCCAUGCUCACAGCUGGCUCCAACUUCAACCAUAUUGUUCAGAAUGAGAAAUCGGAUACUCAUACUUUGGUGACAAGUGGGGUGUAUGGGUGGUUCCGGCACCCGUCUUACGUGGGAUGGUUUUACUGGAGUAUUGGAACACAGGUAUUACUCUGUAAUCCCAUCUGUGUGACUGGCUACACUUUAGCAUCUUGGCGUUUCUUUAGAGAGCGAAUAGAAGAGGAGGAGAUCACGUUAAUUCACUUUUUUGGCGAGGAAUACCUGGAGUAUAAAAAGAAGGUGCCAUCAGGUCUGCCUUUUAUCAAAGGAGUUAAAGUGGAACUGUAACACAUGAAAAAAAGCUGAAAGAGUAAACUUCCAGCUCUGGGCAUCGUAAGGAAAGGAACUAUGCAUGAUACUGUAUCACAGCAAUCUCCAGGAGUAGCCAAUCUGUAUUUGCUGGUAACUAACCGGAAGUUUGUUAAGGGCUAAACAAUUGGAAAUCCUGCUGAGUAAACUAAAAUAUCAGAAGCUCAUUCGUCCUAGUUGAGAUGAGACCUCCUUUGAUGCUUAAGGGAUUUUCUGGAUUAUUUAACCUGCCAUGGUCCUAAAACAAAGCAAAAUGUUGGUAAAAAGAUGAUUUACUUUUAAGCAUUUCACCUACAACUUCUAUAAUGCAUUGUGACACGCCCUGUUGGAGAAUGAGCUUUACAUUUCUUUCUGUUUACCCCUGCGCUAGAUGAUGGGUGCUGGUUGGAAGCUCCUUUCUGUGGUGGAAUGUUAACUUUGGAGCAUUUUGACUUUAAAAGCUAGAGAGCACAGCUUUAACUUCUUUGGAGGUUAAAGCUCAGCAAGCCCAUAGUGUGAUAUAACUUUAUGCUUGGGAGUCUUGCAGAAUCAGGCCCUUCAUUUCUGUCUAUUAAACACAUGAACUUACAUAUCACUUUGGGUAUGUGCUUGCCAGAAAAACUGGCAGUGCAGCAAAAACAGUUUUUCCCUAGCUGUAAAUGUUAAUAGGGAGCUUUUGUCAACACUGAUAAUUUUCUUAAAUUGGAAACCAAAGCUUCUGUUAUGCUUCACAAAAGUUUAAACUCAAAUCUAAAUAUUAAGUCACGUCCCUCAGUUACUUUAUGCCAUGGAUUUGGGUGUCAUUGACAGUUAGCCACUCUACAUAUAAUUCUGUCCUCAAGAGCCUGUUCUGUCAGUACAGAGACUGUUCCUGUAUAAGUCGUCAAAAUCAUGCUGCCUCCUACCAUUCAGAUGCGUUUAAUGGUUAGGUAUUUCUUAGCUCAAAGAAAAUAAACUUCAAUUUAGAGAAAUCCUAAGUUUGUUUCAGUUCUUGUAAAGUACAGGGAAAGAACUGUAACUGUCAGAUGAACGAAAAGUUCUAGGUGCUAAGAUAGAUAUGCUAAGGCAGAUUUCUGCCUAUUGGAAUAUACUUUUGAUAUUAUUUGGAGUGGUGGGUAUUUCCAAGUAAAUAUUCUGAUGUUGGAAAAUAUUUGGCUGAUUAAUUGGGUUGAUAUUUAUAAUAUCAUCAUUGAUAAAUAGUUUACAUUCAGACUUUGUGGUAUAAUUUAUUCUGUUACAUACCAAAGAGGUUCACUUUUCCCUGAUUCUGCAUAGUCUGACUGAAAUAAGAAUGGUGUAUUGAUAAAUAACUGCCUGGCUUGCAGUAUUCUUUUAAUUAAGGUAUUGUACCAGUUUGGAAAAUCAGGUAUUGAUGAGGUUAAAAUGUUUUUCUAAAAAUGUUGCUAACUUUUAUCUGGUUGCAGUUCAGGAGAGAUUCUUUGGUGAUAUUGGCAAUGUUGAAUUGUAAGAUUCCACUUGCAAACUCAAUCCUUCUUGGUGUUAAAAUGAGACUGGAAAUUCAGUUUUCAGUUUCAUUGGUACCUGUAGAAUUGCAGUCAGGGAUAUAGAGACUAAUCUUUAGUCUCUUUUUUACAUUGUGAAAUUUCUUCUCUGUUCAGGUCAUACUGUUGAAAUGCAAGGCCUCUUCUGUUUUGACUGUUUUUUCCUAGUUAAAAUGCUCACUGUUUAGAGUUUUCUAAUGAAUACUCUCUGUGGCUGAGAGAGGAGUAAAAAGCUAGGUAAGGCUAGUGUUGUUUCUUCUCUGCAUAUUUAUUUAAUUUUUGUUGGUUCAUGUUCAGUUUGUUCCUCAGCAAUAGCGGUACCUCCAGCGUACUUCUAAAAGGGAAUUGUAAUUUUUGCAGCCCUCAGGCAACAUACCUCAGAAAUAUUUGAUACGUUAAAAUCUAUACACGGUAAAUCUUGUCUGCAUUUUUUUGGUUUCUGGCAGAAAAAACUUUUAAUUCUCUCUUAUGUAAAUACAGUAAAAAAAGAGUGGGGACGACCCAAACCACUACAGCCACUUAAAAUUCACCGAAUUAGAUGCCAAUCCCAAUGCAAUUUUAACAGAAUAAAUUUAAAUGUGUUGCAAAUUGUGUGGUUGCUUUCCAGAUUGCAAAAAAAGGACUCAGGACUUGGUGCUUUUUAUACAAAAAAUAACUUAUUGGGUCAAAAACUGUUUAAGCAAGAAACGUCUCAGUGUUAUGAUUAGGUGCUGCGGGGAUUACUGUGUGGGUCAAACAUUUGUAAACCUAAAAAAAACUUGAAUGUGCAUUUAUUCUCUAGUUUUUUUUAUUUUUGAAGAGUUUAGCUAAUGCCAUCUUUUUCACACUGGUGGUGAAUGUUUCUAUUUGGAAAGAAUCAUCUUUCUCUCCAUCACAAAUCUCUUUAUGGCCAAAACCUGUUAAUGAGACUGUGAGAAGGAAAGUUGGUGAGAUUUCCCAGGUCCCUUUCCUGGUUCAAAAGUGUUUACAGUAGGGUUUUUGCAUUCUUCUACUUGAUUUCCAGCCCAGUAACUACUUCAACAUAAAGCUGAAUGUGACUAGCUUGUGGACUGGUGAUAGGAGGAACCUGGCUGUUUAAUAGUUGGUUCACAUUAGUAUAUUUAAACAAGUCCGUUUGGGGCAGAUAAGAAAUGUAUCUUUUCUUGGCAGUUAUUUUAGAGUUUGGUAAGGUGACAGUCCUUUAUGAAUCUCUGAAUGUGGCAUCUUUUAGAGAAAACAGCAGCCUGCAUAUAUUUUAUGGGUGUUUCUACUGUUCUCAUUUGCUGUGUUUCCUGAGCUUGAAUUGUAAUGCAAUGAGUUACACAUUGGGUUUGAAAGAAAUCUGCAAGUUUUGAAUCAACAUGCAAAUGACAUACUUGCACCUAUGGCAGAAGAAGAAUUUUUUUCUGAAUAAUGGAAGUGGCCAGCCAGUAGCACCCAUGCUGGUUUUGUUGAAAAAGCCUCAUUGAAACAGUGGGAAUCCAUAUACUUUAAGUUGUGGUGAUACAAGAAAACUUUGCGUGGUAUGUGCAAAUCCUACAGAAAUAGGAAUGGUCGCAGCAAAUGGUAUACUCUGAACAGAAGAGCAGCAGUUACCAAAAGCACCUUUUCAGUCUCCAGUAACCCUACUGAAAUUGUAUUUGAAUACAGUGGUGAUGUCCCAAAAGUUGCUGUUGAUAUUAAUAGUAAAUAUUUUACCUUGACUAACUUGAGUAUAAUUAAGUUUGUGCAGGGCAUAUCAGCUCAUCAAGGUGUUCACAGACAAAUGUUUGAAUAUUUAUAGCUCACUCUUCCAUCACUUCCAGCAAUACAUGAAUUACUCUAGGUUGCUUUGAAAAGUUGGUUCCCACUCAGCCCAGGGAGUACAAAUGUUUCAUGUUUAUGGAGUAGUCUCAGAUCUUCCUUGCUUUUCUGCAUGCUGCGUUGUGAAAAUUUCAAAUUCCUAGUGAAAAAGUAAAUUGGAAUUCCCCAGGAAAUACAGCAUACCUUUGAAAAAAAAUUUUUUUUUAAACUAAGAAAACUGAUGCCGUUCCGUAUGCUGCAGCUCGGAGUCCAAAAAAAAAAAAAUGGAAACAUAAACAACACUUUUCUGCUUUGGUACCAAUGAGUAAAUGUUAGAUUUCUACCCCCUUCUUAAAGUUCACAUAAUUUCUUGUGCCUCUGACUUGCUUUUGUGAAGUUCUGUGAGGAAGGACUUCAAUUUGCUAUUGCAAACUGUAUGUAUACAGCUUGAGAGCUGCUUAUCCUGUAUAUAAUAUUAAAAAAAAGAAUCCCACGAAGGAAGAGACUUGUCUUGUAUUUUAAAGCACCCUACCAAAUUCAGUUUGUCAGACAAUCAGAUUGGUGGCUGGCUGACUCUUAACUUGCAUUUAAAGGGCAUUAUCAUGUUUAGGAUAAGUUUCAGAUUUGCCCAUGUUUAACAGUUUGCAAAGCAUAAUAUAUUUUUAAAAAUAGUUUUUAAUUUUGCAAUGUUUGGCUUUUAUCCCACUAUCUCCUGUAACGUUGGCAACUUAAAUACAAGCUAAUGCAGGAACACUGGAGAGGAAAAUUGAGUAGUCAUUUUUCACUGGCCAAAGUUCUGUGAAAGCAUAAAUGAAUAACAGAAAUGAUAGCCUAGUUUACUUCUUGGUAACUGAAAUAUGGCUUAGUAGAAAAAAACAAAAAAGGGAAACUUACUCACCAUAACAUCAUCUAAAAGAUAACUUAGUUGCUUUUAAAGCACCUAACUCGCCAAAUUUAGCUUUCUGUGAACACUUACAAUGUAAGGAAUUAACUGUAUUCUGAGUUCUGUGCUUUUGUUUUCUGCCUGUGACACAGAUAACGUGUUUUGUGACAGUUGGGAUACAAAAUUUAAAUGGCACAGAGUAAUUGUCUAGCUAUUAUACUUUCUUACUAUCUGGAGUAGCUUGUUUUAUGUGCUUAUUGCUGUUGGCAGGGGUGCACCAAUAGAGAAUUUUGGGGCCAGUACUGAUGACCGAUUUUUAACGAGCCAUAUUAGCCGAUACUGAUUCUAUUCCAAUAUGCAGCUGGGCAGCAUGGAGAGUGGUGUCCAGCUGAUAAGUCUGUUGUGGGGGAAGGGGUGUGGGGGAGGCCAGAUUGAGGCCCAUGUGGUGAGGGAGGGAGUAUGGCUGGGGCAGGCACUGCACAGUCCGGGCAGGGUGCAGGAUGGAGCUACGAGUGGCUUGUCUGGGAGGUAUGAGGGGAGGGGGGGCUCUCGCAAUCAUACACACACUGGGAGGGCAUGGAGGGGGCGUGUGCCCCCAGAUCUGCACGUGGGAUAAGGGCGGGCUGCUGCUGUGGACUGGGGCUGGGGCCAGGCUCUUCCCAGCAGGGGUGCCGGGCCAGGCUGCACUCAAUGCGGGUGGUGGUGGUAAAAUUCGCUGUAGCAGCACCACCACCUGCCCUGAGUGCAGCCCCAGCCCAGCCCCCUUCUGGGAAGAGCCUGGCACAGCUCCGACGGCAGCCCACAGUGGCAGCCUACCUUCUCCCUGCACAGAUCCGGGGCCACAUGCCCUCCAUGCCUACCUGGGUUGCAUGUAGCAGCAGCCGUGACGACCCGAACCCCCCGACCCUGGUUGCCGAUACAGUGAAUUUUCCUUUAUAUUGGUGCCGAUCCGAUAUGGGACUGAUGUAUUGGUGCACCUCUAACUGUUGGCCUGGAAUAUGAUAAGGAAGUGGGCUCCUGCUUUGAAAACAAACACCUCAGCAUUCCUAUUACAGUAGGAGACCAUUAACAUGUUAUAUUGCCAGUUAUCUGAAGUUUGUUUUAUGCUGGGGGGAAAAAAAAAGAUGUAUAGUUGCUAGAAUCACUCCACAAUCCAUUUGGAGCAAGCUCUCAGAACAGCUUGCUGAGACUAAGUAUGCAUUAAACUAAGAGUGGUUCUAUUCUUUUUACCGUAAGAAAUACUUAUUAAUAUAUUUAAGAGGGUUUUUCUCUUUUGCAAAUGUUGAUAUUUACUUUACAUUUCUUAAAUAAAUCUGCACUUGAUCAAAGUAA